UUAUCGUUUUAUUGUUGGUGGGGUUUGAGUUAGGUUGGUUCGUAUUUGGUCAAUUUUAAUCGCCAUCACUAGUCUGGUUGUUCGUCCUCUUUGUGAAUAAGCACCAGCAGAUUCUUCGAACAUUCAAAACCUCGCUUUCGGUUCUCUUCAAAGCUUUGAAGUAGUUUCUCCUUUUCUGACUAGAAUAGGGGCAUGGAAGAAGAAGCAAACGCAACGAGAUAUUGGUGCCACAUGUGUUCCCAAACCGUGAACGCGGUGGUGAUGGAAGAGGAGAUCAAAUGCACCCUCUGUCGAAGCGGCUUUAUUGAAGAGAUGGAUGAGGAUCAUCACCACUCUUCUUCAGAUGGCAAUGAUCGGAGGAGAGCAACAAACAACGCUUCAAUCUUGGCUCCCAUCUUAAUGGAAAUGAUCAACAACUCUUCGUCUUCUUCUGCUACAAGGAACCUUAGUGCUGAGACUCUGAACGAAAUAAUCCGAAACAACAACAACAGACCACGCUCUGUUUCCGUUGUGCAACUUCUUCAUGGAGUAAGACCACUUGAACCUGAGAGUAGCGAUGAUAACAACAACAACAACAACAACAACGAUGGGGCGGAUGGAGAGAGAGAGAGAGGACGCAUGAUCUUCAUCGAUCCGCAUCGUCAGUUCAUCGCCAUCCCGAGCUCUCUCGUUAGGGAUUCCAUCCCUGCUGGUUCUUCUCUGAGCGACUAUUUCAUCGGUCCUGGAUUCGAAGCCCUGCUUCAGCGCUUGGCGGAGAAUGAUCCCAACAGAUACGGAACUCCUCCAGCUCGUAAAGAAGAUGUUGAGUCUUUGGCUACUGUCAGAAUCGAGGAUCCUUGUCUGCAGUGUUCUGUGUGUUUGGAUGAUUUCGAGGUUGGGAUCGAGGCUAAACAGAUGCCAUGUAAGCAUAGCUUCCAUGCUGACUGCUUGCUCCCGUGGCUUGAGCUUCACAGUUCAUGCCCUGUUUGUAGGUAUCAGUUACCUACCGCAGAUGAGACUAAUAAGACUACCGGUGAAGAAACAAAUGACAACAGUGAAGUUAGUGAGUCCUCUGCUACAGGCAGUAGCCAGGGAACUGAGAACAGCGAUGCAAACAGUCACGAAGGAGAAGAGGAGAACGAUGAUGGUAAUAGGAACGCAUUCUCGAUCCCAUGGCCGUUUAGCAGCUUCAUCUCGUCCUUGUUCUCUCAAGACAGGAAUUCAUCAAAUUGAAAAUGAUACCUGAGGCAACAUUAGACUUUUUACUCUAUGGUCAUGAGACCACGGUUCAUCUUUUUUUUGUGUGUCUGUACAUACAGCUUCUCGGAUUUGGUUGAACGCUAGGUACUCGUUGAACAACAAAAGUAUGCUUUGAACAGUUGUUGCUCUUUGAUUUUAAGAAACAGUGCAGUAUCUUGUUUAGUCAACAAUCGCAUUCACAUGAAAUAGUUUCCGUUUACGCGUGAAGACUAGUAGUAGUUUUAGAAAUUCGUAAAGAGCUGUGUGUAAAAAUAACAAAAGGUGCGGCUUUAACGAACUUUAUGUUUUAAGAACCAAAUGUUUCAUCAAGAUCUCUUUCUCUAUAUAAGUGUACUAUAAUACUAUCUCUCUCAGAGUAAUCUUAACCAAAAGAAUAAACAAGUAAAGAGAUGAAUCCUCAGGUUUUAUCAUUAGUCGCUUUGAUUCUUCUGUUACUCUCUGCGGUCAACAACACAAUAAUGGCCCGAACAUUGCCGAGGGAAGGAGUAGCAGCAAGUAUAAAAAUUGGUGUCUCAAGAAGUAUAUCGCCGCCAACUCGCAAAAAGGGACCUGGAGCUCCUGGAAAACAAAAUCGUUGAUCUCAUAGUUAAAUAUUAUCGCCGACAAAAAAAAAAAAGUUAAAUAUUAUCAUAGACUCAUAGUUAUAUUUUAUGGUGUAAAAUUGUGUUAUUACAUAAACCAGGCUAUAGUUUUAUCAAUCGUUUAAUCUCCGAUGUUCAUGUUAUCUUUUUUUUUUUUUUUUCGGCCAUUUUACAGACUCAUGUGGACUCUGUAAACCAAACUGGGUGCUCUGUAUCCAUAUGGACAGUAAACGACGUUUGUUGCCUCA